GCAGGUUCUUGAAUUGUUGUGCUACAUAGGAUGUCUCACUUUUGGUACAUUCUUGGAACUUGGGCUACCUAUGAGUUUGUUCGAUACUUCAUGAAAUCAGCCUUGAAACUCAUGAUCUCUGGUACCAGUGAGAAACAAGACACUGAAGAACCUAAUAACCUUCCAAAUGCUUCAGAGAUCCUAUUUUUUCCUGAUCAGAAGUUUGUACUAGGAUUUGGAGACAGAAUACAACCUGAUGAUGGGGAACCUUCACAAAAUGUUGUGCGAAUGGUUGAGUACUUGAAUAAAGCUGAGAGUACUCUGGAUGUCUGUAUGUAUAUCCUCACUCAUCGCAAUUUAUGCAAUGCCUUAAUAGAGGCUUCAUACAGAGGUUUGAAAAUAAGAUGCAUAGUGGAUAAGAAGGUUGCCUCUGAGGGUUAUGGAGCUGGGGAGAUGGUGGGAAACCUUAGAAGAAAAGGGAUUGCAGUGCGAUGCUUUGAGACUACCUUUCUGAUGCAUCACAAAUUUGUGGUAAUUGACAAGAAAAUUGUAAUGAUGGGCUCUUUCAACUGGACCAUGCAAGCAGUAUGUGGAAACAAUGAUGUUGUGCUGAUAUCCAAUCAUGCUGAUAUUGUCAACCCUUUUGUGGAAGAGUUCCUCUGGAGCUGCUUGAAUGAUGCAACUUGCAGCAUCGAUGCAUGCCUAUUUGUUCUGGCAUCAUCUGAAGUUGGGGAAGCCCUCAUGAGAGCAAGUGCUCGUGGAGUGGCAGUCAGCAUUCUGAUCGACAGGGAGAUGAUGUCUUACCAGGGAUCCCAGGCCCAUAAUCUUCUCAAACUUGGCAUACGCAUCAUGAGCCUGGCAACACCACUCCUCCUCCAUCAUAAAUUUAUCAUCAUUGACAACAGGAUUGUCAUUGAUGGGAGUUUCAACUGGACCACCAAAGGAUUGGCAGGGAACUUUGAGAAUGCUAUUGCAACCAACGACCCAAACACGGUUUGCCUCUUUGUUCAACAGUUCCAACGCAUCAAGAGGCACAUCAUCGAUGACUGCCUCCAUGCACGCAAGGUGCACAAAGGAGAGGGUAAUGUGAUGACCACAGAAGAUUUUAUUCCAGAAUAG